AUGGACUCCCUCCCAACAGAGGUCGCCGAGACCAUUCAAGCCGGCCACAUCAGAUCCCAUCCCGACAUCAACUUCGAUAUCGCACCCUCCACAGCUGCAGAUAAGCGCGAACCAGUCACCCUCCACAGUCCCCGUCUCAGCGAUGACGAUCUUCUAAACGACAUCGAAGACGACGAGGAAGACAUACCCUACAGUGUUCUACACCCAACCCGCAAGUCACAUAGUCUUCCUCCUUUACCGGACUUGCGGUUCGAGCAGAGUUACUUGAGGAGCAUCGCCAAUGCCGAUACCUGGUGGAAGGUGUUGCUUAUCACAGCCAGAGAUCAGGUAAGCUGGCCUAUCAGGAAUUACUGUUCUAGAGGCGACGUUGUCUCUUGCGGGGAGUGA